UUCUGAUACCCAUUUCACAGGGUAAAGUAUUGUUUUUUUGGUAAAUAAUUUCUAUAAUUAAUAAUUAGAGAUAAUGACAUCAAGAAGAACACCGUUGUUGGUGGCGUUGCUGGUGCUUAGCGCCGCCGCCGUGAGUACGGUUCGAGGCGACGAGAAGGGCGGCGGAGAGCUGAACAGAGACAGUUUUCCGGCGGGGUUCGUGUUCGGGACCGCCUCCUCCGCUUACCAAGUGGAAGGCGCCACCGACGUUCACAAGUAUGGGCGUGGGCCUAGUAUCUGGGACACCUUCCUCAAAACUCCCGGACUAGAGCCCAACAAUGCCACUGGAGAAUUGACUGUGGAUCAAUAUCAUCGAUACAAGGAAGAUAUAGACCUCAUGGUGAAGCUCAAUUUCGAAGCUUACCGCUUUUCAAUUUCAUGGACUCGCAUAUUCCCAAAUGGCACAGGGAAAAUAAAUUGGAGGGGAGUUCAAUACUACAAUAGGCUGAUUGAUUACAUGGUCAAAAGAGGAAUUACUCCAUAUGCAAAUCUUAACCAUUAUGAUCUUCCUCAAGCACUUCAAGAUAGAUAUGGAGGCUGGUUGGACCGCAAAGUCGUAAAGGACUUCGCCGACUACGCGGAGUUCUGCUUCAAGACAUACGGAGACCGGGUAAAAAACUGGUUCUCCUUCAACGAGCCGCGGGUCGUCGCCGCUCUAGGCUACGAUAACGGCUUCUUCGCACCGGGAAGGUGCUCCAAACCCUUCGGGAACUGCUCGGAGGGGAACUCCGCCACCGAGCCCUACAUCGUCACGCACAACCUCAUUCUCUCUCACGCCGCCGCCGCUCAGCGCUACCGCACCAAGUACCAGGCAAGCCAAGGUGGGAGAUUUGGGAUUUUGUUGGAUUUUGUGUGGUAUGAACCUUUGACAAGAUCCAAAGCUGAUAAUUAUGCCGCUCAAAGAGCCAGAGACUUUCAUUUGGGAUGGUUCUUACAUCCUUUGGUAUAUGGAGAGUACCCAAAAACAAUGCAGAACAUUGUUGGGGAUAGGCUUCCAAAGUUCAAACCGGAAGAGGUUAAGAUUGUCAAAGGAUCCAUUGAUUACAUUGGGAUAAAUCAGUACACCACUUACUACAUGUACGACCCCCGAUCGAACGGGUCUCGUGUUCCUGGCUACCAGAACGAUUGGAACGUUGGAUUUGCUUAUGAGAAGAAUGGAGUGCCAAUCGGUCCAAGGGCUCAUUCUGAUUGGCUCUACAUGGUACCAUGGGGAUUAUACAAAGCUAUCACCUAUGUAAAAGAGCGAUAUGGAAAUCCGAGUAUGUUCUUGUCUGAAAACGGGAUGGAUUAUGCUGGAAAUUUGACACUUUCUGAAUCUCUAAAUGACACAAUAAGGAUUGAUUACUACAAGAGCUAUUUGGCACAACUGAAAAGGGUAGUAGAUGAUGGAGCCAACUUGUUUGGCUACUUUGCUUGGUCAUUGCUAGAUAACUUUGAGUGGAGAUUGGGCUACACAUCAAGAUUUGGCAUUGUCUAUGUUGAUUUCACUUCACUCAAGAGAUACCCAAAGAAGUCAGCCUAUUGGUUCCAGCACAUCCUUAAAAGAAACAAGAAUUAAGUCACAACAAAUAAUAAAUUAAUAAUGCUAAAAGCCUUGUGUGUGUACUAAUACUAUUACAAAAAAAGCAUCAUUACAUGUUCCAUAAAUGUGUGUUUUUAUAUGAUUUGGCAAUGUGGAAGUAGUUUGUACUAAGGUAAAACCUAAUCUAGUUGGGGUUUGAUAAAAGUUACCUUAUGUC